UACAAAAAGAAAAGAAUAAGAAAAAAAAUAAUAACAAUAAAAAAUAAAAUUUCGAAUAUUUUAGGUUGUAACAUCUCAGCCCUUCGUUUAAGUGCAUUCUGGAGAAAACCCUAGACCUUUGAUAUUCCUCAGCCGUCGACUCUCCGCCUCUGCGAGCGGCGUCGCGUCAGCCCUUCUCUGACCAUUUUCGCGGGCCGAUUUCAAGCCAAAGCUCCUCCACGGUGCAUAAUAAGUAUUUUCUUUCAACAGUUGCUUCGUUUGACAGCAGAUUAACAAAUCAAAUGGAGGACUGGGAGGAUGAGAAAAUUUCACCUCUCCCUGCUAAGGAGCAAACUAUAAAUAGAUGGGAUGAUGAAGAUAUAGAUGAAAACGAUGUGAAGGAAUCGUGGGAGGAUGAUGAUGAACCUGCCCCGGAACCUGCAAGUAAGCCUGCUGAAAAGGCCCCUAAGAAACCUGCAGCAAAAGCUGCAGAAAAGAAAGGAAAAACCAUCGAGACAAAGGAAGAGCCACUAGAUCCUGUCGCUGAGAAACUUCGACAGCAAAGGCUUGUGGAAGAAGCAGAUUAUAAGUCCACCAAGGAACUGUUUGGUAAGAAAGGCGAUGAGAAAACCCUUGAUAAUUUCAUUCCCAAAUCCGAAAGUGACUUUCAGGAAUAUGCAGAACUCAUUUCUCAUAAACUUCUAACAUUCGAGAAAAGUUACCACUAUAUUGGUCUGCUUAAGUCGGUUAUGAGAUUGUCCACGAGUUCAUUGAAAGCGGCAGAUGCAAAAGAUGUUGCAUCUUCUAUCACAGCAAUUGCUAAUGAGAAGCUAAAGUUGGAAAAGGAGGCCAAUGCUGGUAAAAAGAAGACAGGUGGGAAGAAAAAGCAACUUCAUGUGGAUAAACCGGAUGAUGACAUCGUUGUGGCCUACGAUGAUAUUGACGACUAUGAUUUUAUGUGAGUUUGUUUUUGGGGGUUUUUUUUUUGCACAAAAAAGAUGGGGAAACAACAUCUUUGCUUUUGGCCUUUGGAUUGAAACACCAUGAUAGGAGAUCAAAUUGUCGUUCUUCCGGCGUCCUUUCAAGAGAUCGUGACAUGAAUUGAUGAGUGUUUUUAUUUUUAUAUUAGGACAGAUCUUCAUUAUGAGUGCUAUUGUUGUUACUGUAUUUUCACAAAUACAAUAAAGAGUGCCUGGUGCCCAUUUGUAUUUAAUGGUCAAUUUUGUUACUUGUGAAUGAUUAAACCAUUAGCAGGAUUUUCUUUUUCUCGUGCAGCAAUUUACUUUUGAAAACUACUCCUGGUUUGUAUUACUGGUUUAGUUCAGUUUAAUUUAGUUCGAGUGUUGAGCACAAUUUGAACUCGCACUUGAUAAAC